CCACCUCUCCCUUCUAUAUAAAUGCAUACAAAUGAGUUACUCUUAUCAUCCACUCAUCAGUAAAUUAAGAAAGAGAGAUGGCAUCUUCUAAAGUAUCUUGCAUGCUUGUCUCUCUCCUUCUUCUCGUUCUUGUACUUUCCGAUAUGGAUAAAGCCCUGGGUGAACCAUUUCAGCUCCGCAACCGCAAACUUAAAGUGACUGAUCAUCAUGAUCAAGUGACGACAGACCGACGUCUCGCUGUUACUACUAAGCGUGUUUUGUUCCGUAAACCGAAUGGGUUGGUAGGGGUGAUGCCGAAGGUGCCGGAUUUGAUGGCAAACCCGAAGGUGUUGGAAUUCAUGAAAAAAAACCCGACGGUGUCAAACCCGAAGCUGUUGGAAUGGGUGAAAAAAAACCCGAAAAUGACGUCGAAAAUUUUGUCGGAAUGGGUGAAAGAAAACCCGAAAAAGACGUCGGAAUGGAUGAAAAAAAACCCGAAUGUGUUGGAAUGGGUGAAAAAAAAUCCGAAGAAGGCAUCAGAAUGGGUGAAAAAGAUCCAGGACUUGAUGGGCGCUAUACCUCCGCCCCCUCCAUCGUCGGAAUGCGAGAAAAAUGACGACGAAUGUAAAAGGCUUGUGAAAGAGGCGAAGGCAAAAUCCCCUCUACCGCCUUAAAGGUUUUCCAAAGGCGAAAGCAUAUGAUUCCACAAAUUUCUUGAUGAAAAAAUAUUUUCACAAGUUGUCACCAUAAAUGUAAUUCUGAAAUUUUUUUGCAAAAUAAAAGAUAUUAUGCCACUUGUGAUGAUGGUAUGAUGAUAUGUUGUUACAAGUUUUAAGCUAUUGUAGAACUGUUUUAUUAAAAAAAAAGUGUUUUAUUUUAA